GAUUUGCGUGCGUGCUUGCGGCCGGUCCCGGGGGUACCUCUCUAGCAGCUCGCUUCUUUCCCUCACCGAGGCCCUGCUGUGCAAACCCUUAGCCGCCGCCGGACCAGCAGGCAACACUGUCUUGUCGCUCCCCGCUUCUCCCGACCUGUCGCGGUGCUACUUCGACCCGGAGACAAGGUGUUCCAGAUAACCCCAUGUAAAUCUUUGGAGGAUGCUGUAGGGCUGUUGAAGUUGUAAGAAGUCUUUCUGGAAACAACAUUUUGCCAUUUCAUUCAAUGCCUAACAUUGCAGACACAGAAAGAUCAAAUGAUUCUGCAAACAGUGACCAUAAGCCUGAAAGAAAGUCUCCAGAGCAGAAUUUGAAAGUUACUGUCAAAUCCUUCUGCUCCACCGAUGCCCCAACAACACCACUGGGUUCUGGUGGAGAUGGUCGUUAUCCAUGGAGUUGUCCAGUGACUCAUACUCGGGAAAAAAUCUAUGCCAUUUGUUCAGAUUAUGCCUUUCUCAACCAGGCAACCUCAAUCUAUAAAACUCCAAAUUCUACUCUUUCUUCUUGCCUUACCAAUAGCACUUCUGUAACUGUUGGAAAUAAUUCAGCCAGAUACAUUGGUAUCCCAACUAGUUCCUCAGAGAUCCUCUACAAUGAAGAUAGUAACUUGGAAAGCUUAUCUAAUAGUUUUGGCAAGCUGCCACUUGCCUGGGAAAUCGAUAAGUCUGAAUUUAAUGGAGUGACAGCAAACUUGAAAAAUAAAUCAGGCAAUGUGAAGAAACAAGUUUCCAAAAAAAAGACUUCAGAAAAAAAGGGAAAACAUAACAAGGAGUGUCCUCAGUAUUCUACUCUUGAAGACAUUAAGCAGCGGAAAGUGUUAGACCUCAGGCGAUGGUACUGUAUCAGUCGACCUCAGUAUAAGACUUCCUGUGGUAUCUCCUCAUUGAUAUCUUGUUGGAAUUUCUUAUAUAGCACAAUGGGAGCUGGAAACCUUCCACCUGUUACUCAAGAAGAGGCUUUACACAUUUUGGGAUUUCAGCCCCCAUUUGAAGAUAUUCGUUUUGGUCCUUUUACAGGAAAUACCACGUUAAUGAGAUGGUUUAGACAAAUUAAUGACCAUUUCCAUGUAAAAGGCUGUUCUUAUGUUCUCUAUAAACCUCAUGGGAAGAAUAAAACAGCAGGAGAAACUGCUUCAGGGGCAUUGUCAAAAUUAACACAUGGACUGAAAGAUGAAUCACUGGCUUACAUUUACCAUUGCCAGAAUCAUUAUUUUUGUCCAAUUGGAUUUGAAGCAACACCAAUUAAGGCUAAUAAAGCAUAUAGCAGAAGUCAUUUCUUGCAGCAAGAAGUAGAAUAUUGGAUCCUAAUUGGAGAGCCAAGUAGAAAACAUCCUACUAUUCACUGUAAAAAAUGGGCAGAUAUUGUUGUUGACCUUAACACUCAAAAUCCAGAGUACCUCGAUAUUCGACACCUGGAAAGGGGAUUACAGUACAGAAAAACAAAGAAGGUAGGGGGGAAUCUACAUUGCAUCAUAGCCUUUCAGAGACUUAAUUGGCAAAGAUUUGGCCUUUGGAACUUUCCAUUUGGAAACAUUCGACAAGAAACACAACCUCCAGCACAUUCACAGGGACUUGCUAAAUCUGAGAGUGAAGACAACAUCUCUAAGAAGCAUCAUGGGCGUUUGGGUCGGUCUUUGAGUGCUAGUUUUCAUCAGGAGUCAACAUGGAAAAAGAUGUCCAGUAUUAAUGAAAGAAGAAAUAGUGCCUAUUUGGGUUAUAAUGAUUAUGAUGAUGAUUAAAUGGGUUGGAGUAAUGCACAGUUGUGUAAGAAAACUUUGGAAAAAAAAAGAAAAUGGAGUAAUAGGGAAUUUUACUAAGUUUGUGUUAUGUAUGACUAGAUCUCAUUGUGUGGGAUAAAAUAGUCUUGUAGUUUUUUAGUACAUAAGCUUGUAUAUGAUUGUGAUGGUGAUCUCAGAUAAGCACAGAGUAUUAUACUUGUAAAAUUAAAGAAAAUAAGCAAUCAAAAUGGAAAGCAAUUUUUUAAAAAACCAAAAUGAAACUGUUUACUUUUUAAACAUGUUGAAGAUAAAGUAUGCUUAACAGUAUCAAGAUAUGAAUUACUUAACUGAGCAUGAAAUUUUAAAAUAACUUUUCUCAGAUGAACAUUGAAGAUUAUUCUGCAUAUAAGAUUAAAAUAUAGGUCUUCAUCUUCCUUUUUUUAAAAAAAGUAGCUGAUAGAGCUACCAGUUACUAAUUUCAGCUAAGAUUUAUAAUGAUAAAGGCUCAUCUGAAAUUGUCCAGUGUGCUUUGGUAACUCUAUAUAAUUUUAUUGAUAUCACUACUACCAAACUUGACUUUUUGCUUGUUAACCUUUGUCAGAAAAUUCAAUUAGUAGACAAAUCAAACAUCUUGGAACUGGGCAUACCAUUGCUUGGUUAUGGAUAAUUUAGUUCACUGACUCAAUAUACUCUUGCCUUUUUUCACCUGGUAAAUUUCUGUGAAACAUAGAUUAGAAAUCUGGAUCCUAUUUGUAAAUCAUGGAAUUUAUAGAUUUUUAAAUUUAAUUUGGGGGAGGGAUGGAUUAGGUGUCUGGAACUUCAAACCUACUACAUAGUGAUAUGGAAUGGGAUUUCCUAGGGCUUGAUUGGUUCUACUUUAGGAUGGAGGCAUAAGUUAAUACAAACAUUAAGGAAUUUUUAAGCUACUGAGUGCAAAGGCUAUUGCUUUAAUUGUCCUCCUGAUUCAGUUUUGCUGUGAGAUCCAUGAAUCUAAUGCUGAAUCUUUGAAUCCAAUCCACAUAAUCAACUGAUACAUAAUGGAAGUGUUAAAGACAAAAAUAAAAACUUGAGAGGUGGAUUUUGCAUGUUCUCACUGAGGAAAUUCUGAACCCUACUCUCAUUGUUGCCAAUUUGUGAAUUAUAGAAACUGAGGUUUUUUUAUUCUUUGUUUUCAAGAGUCUUUUGUGGGGGUAUUCAAACAAAUAUCUUCAUUAAUGCAGAGUGGUGAGAUUUUGGCAGUUUCUCUGAAAUAUACCUCUAAUAAAACAUGAUUAUUAGUUUAUUUUUUAAAUUCCAUAUCCAUUAUCCACUUGUGUAGUCUACAAAUGACAAUAUGGUAAUAGAAGGCUCAUUUCUUUUUUUCCUAAAGGAAACACAACUAUGUUUAAAUAAAAGGGAUUAGGAUUUGUAGGUUGCUGAUUUUGUUAACUAAGACUGGAACUUUUAGAAAACUUUGUUCUUCAAAUAAAGCUUUGGUUUGAUUUUU